GAAAGUUUAAGAAACGAAUGCCAAACGAGACAAUUGAAUGAAGUGAAGGGGAUUAUAGGGAACGGCACAGAAGUGCCUCUCAUACACGACACUCCACCCAACUCUACAGAAUCCUAUAGUUUAUACGGAGAGGCGGCCAAUGAUGUGGUAGAGUUGGUGACGGCAGUCAGUAGUAUAGAGGCUUUGCCAGGGGGUCAGUGCGACUCCUAUUCAUACACAAUGCAUGGCUCACAGACAGAUGGACACCUCUCUCACCCGGGCUAUGGCAACGAGAUCUGUAUCACAGAAUCGGCGUCCGAUACCUGUAUGAUAGAGACGGAUGGGAACGACAUUUGUUGGAACGCCAUCCUCACGGACGCCGACCUCAACGAACUGAGUCACUACACAACCAGUCCUGUGAUUCACGCGACCGACUCGGGUCUGACGGUUAGCGACAGCACCACAACCACCGCUCAAUUGACGGCAGUAGAGCCCCAUUCGCUGCAUUUGGUGGCCAACGCAUCCCCGGCCACCGCCACUCUCGAGGAGUCGCAACUCUUUCACAACGGAGUGUCGCGUCAUAUGAAUUGUCUGGCGCUGAGGCCUACGAUGGGCUCGGAUGUGAUAUCUGCCACACAUAAUGUGGUCACUUGUGUGAACCCAACGGUCGUCAACGCAGGCGAUUGGAGCCAUUGGCAGACCUACUCGACAGUUGCCAACACUGACAGCACAGACCUACUGAUCAGACACAUCAAGACAGAGUACGGCACGUGUGAGCCAAUAGUGAGUCCUUCGCCACCCAUUGCCUACAUUACGACCACAUCGGCGCCCAUCAGUACCAGACCGUCGCCUGUGGUGAGCAAGCAAUCGGCCAGUUGUGUAAAUAGUCAGCAAAUGAGUUCCAGUUCCCAGACGUCGACCCAACCUUCCAGUCCGAGUUCGGGCAACUUUGAGCACACAAACCCUCUGCAGCCGUGGGCCGAGUGUAAGGCGGCGCUCGAGGCGGCGGCCCUCGACUUAGAAAGUUUCGGCACUUUGGAUGUUCACAACUAUUGA